GACGAUUCCAACAGGAGACUGGAAGAGAUUUUGAAAGGUCAUCUCGUCCUUCCCCCAGCCUCCAAGCAGGGCUGCCCCUCCCACCCUAGACCCGGACAUACCAGGGAAGGAGUUGGCUCUGCCGCUGUUUCUGCCCCGACAUGCACAGACUCAGACUCGGGGAAGUUCUUCCUGGGGUUUUAUCUCAAAGCCUCUCCCUUACAAUUUCUGUCUCUUUUUGGGGAGGAGGAGGGGCGAUUAUAGAGAUAGUUAAUGUCUGCCGUAUAAGAAACAUUAUUAAAGUUACUCUUCCGUCCUUUCUGUUCUUGAUAAACAAUUCCCGUUCUUCCCUCUCGAAUUCUAUUUUCCAUUCUUUAAGACACUUAAAUGACUCUUCAAAACAACAAAUAUUUACUGAGUGCUUACCAAGUACCAGGCACUGUGCUCAGUGCUGUGGGGGAUGCACAGAUGAGGGGGAUGCGAUUCCUUCCCUUGAGACUGUAGUCUGGACGAUGGCUACAAACUUGUAAGAAAAAUGAGGCCCAAGGAGUUUCUUUCCCCACUGGCCUGCAAGUUUAAGGAUCCUUAUGCAAGUUCAACAUCUCACAUCACCAUUAAAUAAAAUUAAUUCAUACGAGGAUUGAAGAGAUAAGGAAACAGAUUAAGCAACUUGUACAAGGUCAUCCAGGUGGAUCUGGAACUGGUUGUCUCCAGACCUCAGGCUCUGUGCCAAAAUGGGACUUUCCUAUCUUUGAACUGUAUGUAUUCAGGCCCAGCUCUUUCUGCUGUACAAAUAAAUGUCCCUAUCUUAGGUUCUGAGUAAGCCCUUUAGUAAGUCCUCAGGCACAUCAGUAUGACCUCAUCAUCAGCAUUAAUGGUUAUUAACCACUCACCCUGAAUCAACAACUUUUCACAGGCAUGUUGUUAGCUUCCUGUUAUCAGUGAACAAACUGAGGUUGAAUUAGGUAAAAUAAUGUCACAAGAAUAUGUCCAAGAUCACACAGCUGGGAACAUGGCAAAACUGAGUCUAGCCCAGGCUGCAAGGCACCUAUUCUCUCAGAAAUAUUGUUGUAGUAGUACCUUUCCCAAGACAGACCACUUGGGGACCAUCUACAUAUGUCUAAGUGCAGCUUAUCACUGAGUCAAAAUCAAUUCCCCGCUGAAAACAGUGCUCUCCAUCCACUUAGUGUCCAGUUCAAAGUAAAACCUUCAAGAAAGUAUGAGAGAAAAGAAAGAGAUAGGAAAUCUAGGGGAAUUAAAACUUACCUGGGUUAGGGACAAAGUUGCAAGUGGUAAGCAGUCCAAAGAGUAAUACAGAAUCUUAAUAGGGCAGAGCAAGCUAUUUGGUGAAGAAACCAAAGAGAGGGAAAAGAUGAUGGAAAUAUGGGGAAAUCGAGGUCCAGGAUUGAUUGUGUCCAAAGGGAUGCAGUGAGUGAAUGAAUCCAGAAGAGGAAACCAGAUGGACAGAAAUGGGAGCAACAGAAAAUGGGAACAGAAUGAGCCAGGGCUGAGUGUCUUAUGAACUGAGGCCCCCAAGGAGUGCCAGGACCCAGCUCGGUCCCAUCCUUUUGGAGUAGCUGCUUCAGACUAGGAAGCACCCAGCUCUGUGGUCAAGGGAGUGAUGGAGGAUAGAGCUAAUCUGCAAGAGCAGGAGAGAGCCAGCCUUCGUCUUGAAAAGCUACAACAUUGGGCAAGGCACAGGCAAAAUGGACAGCUCUUGGUGCUGGCGGUGACCCAGAUAUGGUUGGCAAUAGCUGUGGUACCCCUUGCUGUCUCAGUUGCCUGCCUGAACUCUGCUUGUCACAUGGCCACAGCACUGCCACUUGGGUCUGGAGCCUCAGGUCUCCUAACUGGAACUGUCACCCUUGAGCUUCGCAGAGCACCCCGUCUCUGGAAGGUACGGGCCAUGAUGAUAUUCAACACCUUCAACCUGAUCUUGGGCUUCAUUGCGGUGGUGGUCGAGGUGAUGAAGACAGCUUUGGGGUCUGCUCCUACUGCCCCCUCCCAGCUGGCAGGCUUGCUGGUGCUGGAGCUCAGCGCUGAGGUCUUCACUCUAGGCGGAGUGCUGGCCUCAGCAUAUGCCCUAUUCUUGCUGAGCCAGAGGAAACCAGGAUGCUUCAGGAGGAGCCAGAGUCUGCACUACCAGGAACUGCAGGAGGGCCUCUCUGAGAUGGAGGAGGUGCCUGGUUUGGAAAAUGGUCCUAUGGUGGCCAGCACAGGAAAUCGAACAAGUGAGUGAGCUGAGCGGGCAAGGAGCAGCACAGGUUCUAGGCCCUUCUUUCCUAAGGGAGCACCUUCCAGAUUGCACCUCCUGCCAGCCCACCAAACUCAGAAGUUAGCUGGCCUCGUUGGAGACACGCAUGAGGUCUGGUGGAGUUCUUUCUUGUCCCUUCCCCACGAGAGGAAGAUAUUCCUGGACCUGGGUCCUCCCUCACUUCACCGCCCUGUAAAGCUGCUUCCUCCCUUCCAUCCUUGCCCUCCUUUCCCCACUGCUGCUUCCUCAGAUUCAGGUCCACUCUAACAGAGCCUACAAGUCCCAGGAUGCCCUACUACCCCGUGACCUUCUGGGAAAUAAAAAACCUUCCCUCCGCGGCAGGGCCGCUAUGCAUCAGCUGAGUGAUGUGAGGCGCCGCAAGUCAAGGCCUAGCCGAGAGUUUCCUCGGACGCGACCACUGGGCCAGGAAGCGGGGAGGAGCGGGGCGGACGGCCCAGCGCUGGGGCGCCGCCGUAACAGCCACUCAACCGUGAGCGGACUCUGGGCCCUCGCCCCCGCGGCUGGCAGCUUCGGAGCCCGGCGACGGCUGGGAACGGCGCUCAGCAGAGCUGGGGUUUCCCAGGUGCUGUCGCUGCGCCCCCUCGCACGAGAGGCCAGGUCCAAAGUCCUGAGACUUGGAGCGCGCGCGAGAAGGGGUUGGAGAUGAUGAGUCAGGAGCGCGGGGCCUUUCUCGUUCCCCCUCCCCCACGUCCUGGGCGUCUGCGGCGGACGGGCUAGCUAGGCAGGCGGGUGGACCCGGCAGGCAGAGGGAAGGACGCGGCGACCGGACAUAAGACUUUCCCGCCUCUUGCUAGCACGCGGGUGUAAAGAGCCUUUCCAAGGCGGGAGCGAUACUGCGCACACUCAACCUCAGCACAGCCCCGCGGACCUUUGAUCCUGGGCUGUGGUCUGGUUGCUGAAGCUCUGCUUGCACUCAGCCCUCACCAUUUAUGACCUCUGCAAGUGUACAAAAGAUAACAAGCUCGGGUGGGCUUGGAGAAAAGCCCAGGAAAACUGGGAGUCCCCGUAGCACCAGUAGGUCAGCUUAACCGCUAGCAACUAGAAACUGAUCAGAGCUGGAGUACUAAGAGAACUCACCCCAAAUUCACAUAGUGCCCAGGAUGAGUAUUCUCCUCACACUCAUUUUUGUUCCCACUUGAGAAGGCGUUCUUUCCCUAGAGAAUGCUGCUUCUCAGGUCUCAGCCAAGCCCAUGCACCACUGAGGGUACAGCGCAGCCUGGCUGCCUUGCCUUGACAUUGCAGUGGCGCCAGCUACAAUUCCUUUCUGUGACACCUUGGGAGUGGUAAUAGUCGCCCUAUGAAAAGUUAAAUGUGAGUACUAGUGGGUGGGGACAGUUCUGGGAUCAACUCUGGAAUGAAGAACAUAAGAUCUGGGCCUCCUUCCUCCCCACAAUCUAACUACCAGAAUAAUGGAGGGCUCAUGUACGAAAGGCUCCAAGAAUAAAAACUUUGUUCAAAGUCAGAAGAUUGUGGUAUAUGAGGAAGCUGGGGUUGUGGAGGGGAGAUAUGAAACAAUUUGUUCUUUCAGCUUUUAUAAUAUGAUCAAAAGUCUAGAUGUUGCUUUCUAGUUCUUAAAAAAAAAUACUCAAAAGACCAUGCAAAUGAACCUCCUGUCAGUCUGGAUACAUUAAAUGACGCUGUGGUAACAACGCUAAAAUUUCCAUGGCUUAAAACCACAAAGGUUUAUUUCUCAUACUACAUGUCCAAA